GGACGCACCGGCAGCCGCGCUCCGAGGCAGCCCCGCGCCGAGCCCGCGGCCAUGGAGAAGGCGCGGCCGCUGUGGGCCAACCCGCUGCAGUUCGUCUUCGCCUGCAUCUCGUACUCCGUGGGCCUGGGCAACGUGUGGCGCUUCCCCUACCUGUGCCAGAUGUACGGCGGAGGCAGCUUCCUGGUGCCCUACGUCAUCAUGCUUAUCGUCGAGGGCAUGCCCCUCCUGUACCUGGAGCUGGCGGUGGGGCAGCGCAUGCGGCAGGGCAGCAUCGGUGCCUGGAGGACCAUCAGCCCCUACCUCGGUGGUGUUGGCCUUGCCAGCGUGGUGGUGUCUUUCUUCCUGUCCAUGUACUACAACAUCAUCAACGCCUGGGCCUUCUGGUACCUCUUCCACUCCUUCCAGGACCCCCUGCCCUGGUCGGUGUGCCCGCUGAACGGCAACCGCACGGGCUACGACGAGGAGUGCGAGAAGGCGUCCUCGACGCAGUACUUCUGGUACCGGAAGACCCUCAACAUCGCGCCGGCCAUCCAGGACGGCGGGGGCGUGCAGUGGGGGCAGGCGCUCUGCCUCGUCCUGGCCUGGCUCGUGGUGUACCUGUGUACCCUGCGGGGCACUGAGUCCACCGGCAAGGUGGUGUACUUCACUGCCCUGCUGCCCUACUGUGUGCUCAUCAUCUACCUGGUCAGGGGCCUCACGCUCCACGGGGCCACCAACGGCCUGGCGUACAUGUUCACGCCCAAGCUGGACCAGCUGGCCAACCCCAAGGCCUGGAUCAACGCGGCCACGCAGAUCUUCUUCUCCCUGGGCCUGGGCUUCGGCAGCCUGAUCGCCUUCGCCAGCUACAACCAGCCCUCCACCAACUGCCAGAAACACGCCAUCAUCGUGUCCCUCAUCAACAGCGCCACCUCCAUCUUUGCCAGCGUCGUGACCUUCUCCAUCUACGGCUUUAAGGCCACGUUCAACUACGAGAGCUGCUUGAACAAGGUGAUUCUGCUGCUGACCAAUUCUUUUGACCUUGAAGACGGCUUUCUGACGGCCAGCAACCUGGAGCAGGUGAAGGGCUACCUGGCGUCCGCCUUUCCCGGCAAAUACAGCGAGGUGCUCCCACAGAUGAAAAACUGCAGCCUGGAGUCCGAGCUGGCCACGGCGGUCCAGGGCACUGGCCUGUCCUUCAUCGUCUACACGGAGGCCAUUAAAAACAUGGCCGCCUCCCAGCUGUGGUCGGUGCUCUACUUCUUCAUGUUGCUGAUGCUGGGGAUCGGGAGCAUGCUGGGGAACACGGCGGCCAUCCUCACGCCCCUGACUGACAGCAAGGUCAUCUCCAGCCACCUGCCCAAGGAGGCCAUCUCUGCCAGCACGCGGCCCCUUCUCCUCGUGUGUCCCCUCAAGCCGCCACUGGGCUUGGUGACCGGUGGCACAUGCCUUGCCCCUCCUCGUGGCCACUUCUCCCGCUGUGGGGGCAGUUUCAAGGCCCUGGCCAGGAGACAGCAGAGCAAGCCAGAUCUGGGCCUGGGGGCCCUCAGGCAGGUCUCGGCCAAAGUGCUCUCUUCCCCCUGCAGAAAACCUGCUGUGGCUCCAAGAUUUGAAAGUGACCUCAAGGCCAUGACAGGCCGCACCCUGAACUGGUACUGGAAGGUCAUGUGGGCCGGCGUGAGCCCGCUGCUCAUCAUCAGCCUCUUUGUCUUCUACCUGAGUGACUACAUCCUCACGGGGACCCUGCAGUACCAAGCCUGGGACGCCUCCCAGGGUCAGCUUGUGACCAAGGAUUACCCGCUCUACACACUGGCCAUCAUUGGGCUGCUCGUGGCCUCCUCCACCAUGUGCAUCCCCCUGGUGGCCCUGGGGACCUUCAUCGCGCGCCGCCUCCAGGGAAGAGGCGCGCCCCCCGUGGCCUGAGGCCUGGGCUUCCGGGAGACUGCGGACAAUGGCUGUAUUUACAGGCGGAAUCUCCUUGGCUGCCCUUAAAUAUAUUUGCUCCAGAAACAGCCCGUCGAGAAGAAUCAGGAGGGUGUGGAGGAAGAAGGCUCCCUUGGGAGGACCCACGCUGCUCCCCUCCGCCUGCCUCCAAGGUCUCACCGCGCUGCCCCUUUAAGGCUAGUCUCCAAGACCUCUGCUUUCUCGAGGCUAGGGAAGUCCCAGAAUUCGGGCACACCGUAAGCUGAAAUUUUACUAUAAUUUUUAUGGAAUAAAAUUUAAGCAAAUAUAUACCCCUAAAGAAAUCCCAA